AUGACGUUACACUUGACGGGUGGUAAAGGAACCGGCAUUAUAGACGGUAACGAUAUAGGCAAAAAUUCUCCUGGCCAGAGGUGAACAGCAUCCAUAAACAAAAAUCCAAUAAGGAUGCUAUGCAUGAGAGGAGCUAAAACCCUUAACAGUCUGCUUCUGGGUGGUUUCUGUGGCCAAAUGAAAAUCAAUUGAGAUCCAUCUGUUGCAAGAAAAGAGGUUGGAUGCUCAUCAAACAAAAGCUAAGUAUCGUAGAAAAUGAAAGAUAACAAAUACAUAGGAUAAAACGUGUACGAAGUUUCAAAAGACAAACUUGUAUUGCGAUGAAUAAUCGACGAUUUAACGUGAUGGGGAUUGACGCCGGGGGGAGCACUAAAUAUUCCAUUUCCGCUACAAGUUUUUCUCUUUUUAUACCUAAAUCUACGACCACCGUUUUGCCCGUACAAUACACGAUCCUCAAAAUUACGUUCGUAGCUAGACCUAGCAAAGUUUGUAACUGUGGCUCCUACGCUGUCCUGAAGGGACACGGUAGUUCCAGUUAUCAACGAACAUUUAUCGUCAUCUGUGUCACGACUGGUCAAGUCCUCCGAUCUGUUAUCAAAUAUUAAUCUUAUUAAUACGUACAUAGAUAAAUAAUCAAAUUACAUGUUCAGCGUUUUACUGACUCUUGACUAAGUCGAGUUGUAACAUUACUAUCUUCUUCUUUUUGCUCCAGAUUUCAAAUAAUCCGAUAUUUUACACGUCCCUUUAUUUAAUGGAAUUAAUACAUUUUGAGCGAUUCACGGAAAGCAAUAUUAAUGCAUGCCGAUUUCUUUCGCGUUCUUUUCAGGGGAUGGCGAAAGGACACGUUUGUCACAGAUUUUCUGGUUUCUCUUCGUUUUUGUUUUUCCAAUAGCAAAACUAUGAACAAUUUCAAAUCGAUAUACAAUUCAAUCCUGAGCGCGUGAAAUUGCCGCGUCGAUUAAAAAAUUGAAAUGAAACCGAACUUUGAAAGCACGAUGUAAACGACAUUUUGUUAAAAAUAUGAAAAUUUAUAUAACUGUAUUAAUCGUACGCAUGGCGGAACUUUUUGAGUUAAUGGCAGCUACCGAAGACGAAACUUAACGUUCACAUAAUAUCAAAAUUUUCCGAACAAGAUUACCGAAAAUACCUGAUUACCAAUUUCUCUGUAACGAAGAUAAAACAUAUGGAAAAAUUAUAGCAAUAGAGUCAUCGAUCUUAUUUGGAACAGACGCCCACGUCCUCGAAACAAGAUGUCUCGUUGUAAAUGUUCUAAGACGGAUAUACAAGUACCCGAGCCUGGCUCGCGGUACUUUGAAGACAUCACGACCAAAAUGGAGGAACGACGCUGCGACUUAAUAGGUAGACAGAAGUAUCUGAGAGACAAAAUCACGACGAUGGAACGCUCGAUCCCAGCGCUGAUAGCGUACAAUAUGUGGAUGGCCAAAGAUAUGUGCGACGACGCGCCGUAUUGUAAAGUUCGGAACAUCAUGAAGAGAUUCUCGACACAUCCGGACCCGACCGAGAAGCUCCUAGGCAACUUGAAAAAGACCGUAAAGGAACUUCACGGGGAGACGACGGAGUUGCAUGAGAAAAUUAUUCAAGCGGACGUUAAGUUGGAGGAAACUGACAUGGAGCUUGAAUCCUUGGAACUUGCGAACAAAGAGAUGAACGAUACUUUGAACAAUUUGGAGAAGGAGGUGGGAAGUUACACUUCCCCCAGUCUUCAUUCCAUCCAUUCCGAAGACCUGAUAUGUUUAUCGAAGAUUCGUCAACUGGCUAAAGAGGAGUUAUGUUUGAAGAAUUGCAUCAGGGAGUUGGAGUUGAAAGAGACGUUGUUUAAGGAACACAUGGACCGCUUGUUGACGUCCAGAGAGUAUCAAAAUGUUUGCGAUAGACGUAAAGUAAUCGGUUGUCUUCAAGAUAUGGACUGUAGCGGUAAAAACAUAUGCUGUAUUCCUAAAAAAUGUUUGCGGCACAAGCCAACCGGACAUCGUUCAAAGAAAAAACUCGGAAAAGAAGAAAUCGAUGUAGUCAGCGAAAGCGAACGGACACAGACACAAAGUGAUGCAAUAGUCUCUACUUCCGAGCACGACAUUAAAGAUAAGCAAAAUCAUGUCGUCAAGCAAAAGGAGCCCAAAGAAAAGAUAGAGAAAAAAUCUUCGUGGAUGCCGAAUUGGUGGUCAGGCAAUCAGAAAGCGGAAGAAGUCACGUCUUUGAAGGACGAAGAAACGAUUACGUUGCCGACUCCUGAGAAUAGCGAGCUUGCGAAAUCGGCGCAAUUGCACAGUUCCGAGGGAGAACUGAAAAAUGUAAAAGAGAUCAACGAUAAACCAUCUAAAUCGAAUAAAACUGGAUACACAAUUCCGUCUUGUAAACCUUGUGGACACUCGGUGUGUCCACCGCCAUCCUCCAUGAAAUCGGGAGAUCAUCGAAAGAUCAAGACCAAAACUAAACUUUGCGCUGGCAAAUUCGUCCUACCUUGUGAUAUCCCCUGCAAUAAACUGUACAAGGGUUGUUCCCAAUCUACAGUUCCAUCGACGAAACCACUUUGCGAGCUAAUACGUUGCCUAGCCGCGGAUCAUGGCAUUCGAAAAUCGUGCAAACCAUUCAUACCACCCUGUAAUCUUGGAAAUCUCUGUGAAAUUUGUCCUUCAAUGUCUUGUAAGGAUUAUCCAAGGAUUGGAAACUGCAGGUGCAACUGCAAGGGUAAAUGUGCUCUAGGGCUAUCAGAUGCAGAGUGUAAUUGCAGCGAUGCGCUAUUGGAUCCGUCGGACGAGUACCAACCUACUGCUUCAAAACUGCAUAUGGACCCACACGCGCAAGAUAGUAAUAGCGACGAUGAAUUUUGCGAAUGUUGUUCCUGUGGCUGCGAAGACAGUAACCCGUCCUUCGCAUGCCAGUGCAACUAACUGUUGGUCUACCAAAUUUCUAAGAAAACAUUGAUAUAAAAAUUUACGAAAUUUAAGAGACAUAUUUUUAAUGCAUACAAUAGUAUUAUAACUUUGUAUGAAGCAGGAAGUAGUUACAAUGUUUGAGCAUGAAACAGAAUUCAAUAGAGAUUUAUUGAAUCUGUAAUUUCAGAUUGGUAUUUUUAAUAGCUUAAUUAUGUA